AUGCUGGAGCUGUCUGGGCCUGCUCAGAGCCUCGUGGUGGCUCUAGGGGUGACGUGGUGCGCCUUCAUCGCCCUGCUGUUGUUGGACUACCUGGCCGACCUGGAGUGCACGGGAGAGCGCUUCGACCGGGCCUUGCGGCAGAUGGUAGCCCCCAUCUCGGUGUUCAUCGGAUUCGGCUGGAAGGGUGCCUUUGCCGCGGCGGGCACCACGCUGGUGCAGGAU